CCCCCUCCCCCCCACGCAGCGAGUUCAGGAGAAAGUAAAAAGCUUAAGUGGAAUGGUGCUGAUGAAAAGCGCUCAACGCGAAUGCCUCUGGACCUGAAAGAAACGACAUUCAGAAGAACCUGCGAGGGCACUCGAAUAAGAGGACCCACCCGACAAGAACCACGGCACACCGUCCUCCGCGGCCGGAACACCGCAGCACAGCUCCCCCUAGCGGCCACUUUUCUACCCCGGUCCGCCCCUUUAUAAGAGCGGCUAACGAGGCCCGUAGACCCGGUUUAUAUCCAUCAGGUUUAUACACUUUACAUGGUUUCACAGAGCAGGAACUUCACUCUCAAUUGUUGUGUAUAUUUUGUUAUUACUCCUUUAUUGUGUUUUGGGAGGACAGUACGGUAUCUGCGAAAAUGAUCCUUUAAAUCGACGUCUCCCCCGGACCAGAAGACCCUGGGCCGGGCCGACCGCAGCGUCAGAGCACGAGAUCACACCCGGACAUGUGUUGCUGUAACUUUCAACAAAAAAAACAAGUCCUGAAACAAUCGUGUACGUGAUGAUUCUGUUUAAGAGAAAGAUUUGAACACAAAACGUCUACUCUUAAUAUCAUUUUAUUUACUAUUUUGAAGGGACAUUCUGGGAUCGGUCUGAUCAGGGCCCUGCAUUGAUUGAAAAACAGAUUGAAGUAUUAAGUUAUCUGAAAUGUGACUUUCCACACAAAUGUUUCUGCAAUCCAUCAAUGAAUAUCGGAUUUUAAAUGUGUGGGAACAUGGGUAUACAUCGGCAUUAUUUAUCAUGACAUUGUCAAUAUAUCCCCAAAAUUUCUAAAGGUAGGCUACUAAAAUAUUGACCAGGUAUCGUCCUUUCAGUUCCCGGCUAAACGAGGCUGCGAAAGAUGCGUUUCCACGGUAACCGUUACCUCAGUAACCAUUACCUCAUCGUUUAGAAUGAAUUAACCUCGACGGUAUCCUCCGAUGGGAAUCCCCGCUGCUUAGUUACUACACAGCAGAGAGUGAGAUGAAUGGAGUAAACAAGCCCUGAGCACAUCCACCCUGGCCCCGUGAUAAGAUAUUGGGUAAAGUAUGUAGGCUAUACUGGGAUGAAUUAACGUGGAGCCCCGCUGUGCCGGUGAUCCGGGGCGAUCAAUAAGCAGACAACUCAAUCCACUGACCUUACCUGUAUGGUGAGAUAAUGGGAAAUGUCUGAUUCCAAACGGUUCAUAAGACACACCUUUCUUGAAGGACAUGUCGGUUUGGUUACAUGUUUGAUGUCCCCUAGAGUCAUCAAUAAGAGCAGCCGGUAUUAAAUACUCUAUGUUGGGUUUGAUUACAACGCUUUCUUAGUGACCUACAGACGCGCGUUUGACAUUUAUUCUUAUCUUUUAGACGUUUUGACUGCAUUUGUGGUGCAGCAAGGCAAUAGAGCCUCACGACAUCCCUCUUUCCCACAAUGCCGUGCGCCGGGCUCGUGCGCUGUCUGUGGUGCUGAAGCUGCGAGCACAACCCGAGCAUCCUCUGAGAGACUCGACACACGCCGCCGAGUCCGAGGAGCGAUCCCAAGAAAACCAAACCGCCUGUAUCCACCAUAUCUCUUUUUACGUCAUUUAUCCACAUUCUUGUGUGACAGUUCUUCUCUAGCGGCAGCGGGCGAGUGGAGGGACACUCGACAUCGGAUCCGUCUUGAUUUGUAUCUUCUCUCUAAGCAGCCUAUUUAGCGAGGAGUCAUUGUCGGUGCCUUCCUGUUCCCAUAUCCAUCUCUCCGUCAUUUAUGCAUAGCACGCUGCUCCCGUCCUCUCCGAGAAAACAGCGCUUCGAGUCCCCGCAGCAUGGUGCCGUCCUGCCGCUCCCACUGAGAGACAUGGAAGCCAAGCAGCACCAAAUCAAGAGCCUCAAGAGCUACCCGGAGACGGGCGGCCGGAGCCUGGCCGCGGCCGCUGGGGGAGAGGGGGUAGGGUACCGGGUCGCCUCGGCCGAGAUGGACAUGGAAGCCAACAUCCAGAAGGCGAUCGACUUCAAGGUGGAGGGCCAUCGCUGCUACAAGGAGAAGAAGUUCCGGGAAGCCAUCGGCAAGUACCACCGAGCUCUGCUGCAGCUGAAGGGGGUGCAUGUGGUGGACGGGACCACGGGCUCCGAGGUCAACCUCCUCAGUCAAGCCUCAACCAAGAUGACCGAAGAGCAGCGCAGAGCCGUGGACAUCACCGAGAUCGAGUGCUACGACAGCUUGACAGGUGAGCGGCACGGGCUGGGACCCAGAACCUCGAGGUCUGGGAUCUGGAGGAGCAGAGCCUUGAGGUCUCGAAUCCUCGAGGUCUCGGCUCUUCCAGAGAUUCAGAACCUCUCGGCUCCUUCCGGAGGAGCAGAACCUCGGGGUCUCGGCUCCUUUAGAGGAGCAGAACGGAGCUGAACCUCUCGGAUACUCCGGAGGAGCAGAACGGAGCCGAACCUCUCGGCUCCGCGCCGUACUUAGCCUCCAUUGUUCGCCGCGGUUCACCGGGUUCAUGAAGUGUUACAAUAUAUCACGGACGGUUUAUCAAGAGAACAUCCGGCCAAUCUUUUUGUUCCUUAUAUUAGAAAUAUCUGUAAGCAGCUGAAUUAAUACGAGGAAUAGCCCCGACAUGACGUGAAUAAAUGACGUGAACAACACCAACGAUAAACUGGUUAGAUGGCGAUUCUCAAGCACCAGCUUUUUUUCCUUGCCUGACGAAAUCAAUGAAUUAUCUACUGGAAGCGAUUUUCCAAUCGACACAUCCUAGUUACAGAUCUUUGGUAGAUAAAUCUGAUCAUGAGUAAUGCACGCAUA